UUGUGUCCCCUUUGCAAAAAGCUUAGCACCAGGCUUCCUCUCUGAUGUGCUUGGCGCUCCUCCUCCGGCCCUUUCCUCUUCCGGGGCCGCGCGCCUCCGCCGCACUUUUUCCUCCGCCAGUUCGGGAUCUAGAUGUAUGAUGUCUUUCCAUUCUGGGCGAGGGUGUCCUCGGGGUCGAGGGGGAACAGCAGUGAGAGCGUCAAUCCAAACCUUUCGCCCCCAAAACUUGAGGCAGCUUCAUCCUCAGCAGUCACCGGUGCAGUAUCAGUAUGACCAGCAAAAUGUGGCCCCAUCUACCUACGUGAAUCCUCCAUCUACAACCUAUGUACCUCCUAGGACGGAUUUUGUCCCAUAUCCACCUCCCAUGCCUCCGUCACCACAGAAUACUGUCGCCCAGUGUCCUCUGAGGCCACCUUUUGGAGGUCACCAAGUGAGGCAAACUUUUCCUCUCCCACCUUGCUUCCCCCCGGCUCCACCCCCGGUCCCAAAUCCUGGUAACCCUCCCUCGCUUGGGGUAGCAAAUGUGGCGGGGCAAAACACGUUUCCUUAUAUGAUGCCGCCUCCUUCCUUACCGCAUUCUGUGCCGCCACCAAUAAUGCCUCAACCGGUUAAUUAUCAGCCUGUCUAUUCUCCAGCUUACUCCCAGCAGACUUUUCCCCCUCCGAAUUUCAGUAGUUUCCAACACAACACAAACUCUUACCAGAGCAAUAGCGGGAAUGCUAGCAACCCUGGGAACAGCAAUAAUAAUUUCCGGCAUCCAAGUCAGUAUUCGGUGGAAAAGUCGCAGCCUGAACGAAGGUCUCCAGAGAGGACUAAGCACUAUGAUGAACAUCGCCACCGGGACUAUAGCCACAGUCAUGGAGAAAGACACCGCUCAGCUAGUCAUGGCGAUCGGCGGGAUCGAGGAAGAAGCCCAGACAGACGGCGUCAAGAGAGCAGUCGGCACAGGUCGGAUUACAUGAGAGGACGGACCCCACCCCGCCAUAGGAGUUAUGAAUUGUACAGGGACCGACAAAGAGAAAGACAUCGUCAUCGUGACAGCCGACAAUCACCAUCUACAGAAAGGUCCUAUAGAAAAGAUCACAAGAGGACAGGAAGUCGAUCUCCCAGUGAAGACCGAAAGAGACCUCGCUGGGAAGAGGAGAGGGAGCGGUGGUCAGAAAAUGCCACGAGGGAGAAGAAUUACACUUCCAUCAAGGACAAGGAGCCAGAUGAGGCUGCCGUUGAGAAGAGUGAGGUGGAAGACGAGGACCUCCUGAAACCAGUGUGGGUUCGUUGCACCCACUCAGAAAGCUACUUUUCAAGUGAUCCCAUGGAUCAAGUGGGAGAUUCCACAGUGGUUGGAACGAGCCGCCUCAGAGAUUUAUAUGAAAAAUUUGAAGAGGAGUUAGGAAAGCGUCAGGCUAAGGCCAAAGCUGCCAGGCCACCAUGGGAGCCACCCAAAACCAAACUGGAUGAAGAUGUGGGGAGCUCAAGUGACUCUGAAUGCGACUCAGAGGAUGACAGCUGUUCUAGCAGUUCGGACUCAGAGGUUUUUGAUGUCAUUGCUGAAAUUAAGCGCAAGAAGGCACACCCAGACCGCCUCCAUGAGGAGCUGUGGUACAACGAUCCUGGACAGAUGAAUGAUGGGCCUCUAUGCAAAUGCAGUGCCAAAGCUAGACGGACAGGAAUAAGACAUGGGAUCUAUCCAGGGGAAGAGCCUAUUAAGCCCUGUCGGCCCAUGACCAACAAUGCUGGAAGGCUGUUUCACUAUCGCAUUACAGUGUCACCGCCUACAAACUUCUUAACUGACAGACCAACUGUAAUAGAGUAUGAUGACCAUGAAUAUAUCUUUGAAGGGUUUUCCAUGUUUGCACAUGCUCCGCUCACCAACAUUCCUCUGUGUAAAGUAAUCAGAUUUAACAUCGAUUAUACAAUUCAUUUCAUCGAAGAGAUGAUGCCCGAAAAUUUUUGUGUAAGAGGGCUGGAGUUGUUCUCUUCCUACUUGUUCAGAGAUGUUCUGGAACUCUAUGACUGGAAUCUGAUUGGUCCUCCAUUAGAAGACAAUGAAACUUCAUGUCCCCGAUUUCAUUUCAUGCCUCGCUUUGUAAGAUUUCUUCCAGAUGGAGGGAAGGAAGUGUUGUCUAUGCAUCAGAUUCUUCUGUAUUUGCUACGAUGCAAUAAGCCAUUGGUUCCAGAAGAAGAGAUUGCCAAUAUGCUUCAAUGGGAGGAGCUGGAGUGGCAGAAAUAUGCAGAAGAAUGCAAAGGGAUGAUCGUGACCAGCUCCGGAAUGAAGCCCAGCUCGGUUCGUAUUGAUCAGUUGGAUCGUGAGCAGUUCAACCCUGAUGUGAUUACUUUCCCCAUUAUUGUCCACUUCGGGAUAAGACCUGCACAGCUCAGUUACGCUGGAGACCCACAGUACCAGAAACUCUGGAAGAGUUAUGUGAAGCUGCGUCACCUGCUGGCUAACAGCCCCAAAGUGAAGCAGGCUGAUAAGCAGAAACUGGUGCAAAGAGAGGAAGCAUUGCAGAAGAUCAGGCAGAAAAACACCAUGCGACGUGAAGUGACUGUUGAGCUGAGCAGCCAAGGAUUCUGGAAAACUGGCAUUCGCUCAGAUGUCUGUCAGCAUGCAAUGAUGCUUCCAGUCCUCACUCACCACAUCCGCUACCAUCAAUGCCUCAUGCAUUUGGAUAAACUGAUUGGCUAUAUAUUUAAAGACCGGUGCUUAUUGCAGCUUGCCAUGACUCAUCCAAGUCACCACUUAAACUUUGGGAUGAAUCCAGACCAUGCAAGAAAUUCCUUAUCCAACUGUGGGAUCCGGCAACCCAAAUAUGGAGAUAGGAAAGUCCAUCACAUGCAUAUGAGGAAGAAAGGCAUAAAUACCUUGAUCAAUAUUAUGUCACGUCUUGGGCAAGAUGAUCCAGCCCCUUCAAGGAUUAACCAUAAUGAACGUUUGGAAUUUUUGGGAGACGCAGUGGUUGAAUUUUUAACGAGUGUCCAUUUGUACUACCUGUUUCCAAGCUUAGAGGAAGGAGGCCUGGCAACAUAUCGCACAGCCAUCGUUCAGAAUCAACAUCUUGCCAUGCUGGCUAAGAAACUGGAGUUGGAUCGGUUUAUGCUUUAUGCUCACGGGCCUGAUCUUUGCCGGGAAUCAGAUCUUCGUCAUGCAAUGGCCAACUGCUUUGAAGCACUGAUAGGGGCAGUUUACUUAGAGGGAAGUCUUGAAGAAGCCAAGCAACUAUUUGGACGGCUGCUCUUUAACUGCAAGGACCUGCGGGAAGUAUGGCUUAAUUAUCCACUACACCCUCUCCAACUUCAGGAAUCCAAUACUGACCGACAGCUAAUUGAGACCUCUCCCGUCCUCCAGAAAUUGACAAUGUUUGAGGAUGCCAUCGGAGUCACUUUUACUCACGUUCGACUUCUUGCCCGGGCUUUCACUUUGAGAACCGUCGGAUUUAACCAUCUGACUCUGGGUCACAAUCAGAGGAUGGAAUUCCUGGGUGAUUCCAUCAUGCAGUUAGUGGCCACCGAAUACUUAUUCAUACAUUUCCCAGAUCAUCAUGAAGGCCACCUGACGCUGCUGCGGAGCUCCCUGGUCAACAACAGGACACAGGCCAAAGUGGCAGAAGAACUGGGCAUGCAAGAAUUCGCCAUCACUAAUGACAAAACCAAGCGACCUGUGGCCUUGCGAACAAAGACACUAGCAGAUCUUUUGGAAUCCUUUAUUGCUGCUCUGUACAUAGACAAGGACCUGGAGUAUGUCCACACCUUCAUGAACGUCUGCUUCUUUCCACGACUAAAAGAGUUCAUUCUAAACCAAGACUGGAAUGAUCCAAAGUCCCAGCUGCAGCAGUGCUGCUUAACUCUCCGCACAGAAGGGAAGGAGCCAGACAUCCCGCUCUAUAAGACUUUGCAAACAGUGGGACCUUCUCAUGCCAGGACAUAUACUGUUGCUGUGUAUUUCAAGGGCGAAAGGAUAGGAUGUGGUAAAGGACCAAGCAUUCAGCAAGCAGAGAUGUGUGCAGCAAUGGAUGCCCUGGAAAAAUAUAACUUUCCUAAGGUCACCCAGUGGGUUUCCAUGGCCAGGCAGUGAUUUAAACCCUAGUCUUCUGAGACAUAGUCCUGUAUUCAAACUACUACACCACACUGGUGUCAGAAUAGUAUUAGGCAAUGCACUCCAGGGACUUGCAAGUGAUCCUCAGGAAAAUGACAAAGGAUAGGACUUCUAUAAACUUUCUUAAUCAUAAGAUGAACUUAAUGCUUUUACACAGACAGUUUGGAAAGGUUAGUUGCUUCCUAAAGCCAUCUUGAGUUAAAAAGGAACUGAGCCCUUCUGCUGAGCUUCCUCCUUUGCCUCUUUUUUCAGCUGUGUUUCCUGUGCGGUAACCACAAAGCCUCAUUUUCCCAAGGACACCAGCUGUUUCAGCGUCAGCACUAGCUAGUCAAUCAAAAAUAGCAAUUUGUCUCCUGGCACCAAAUCCAAUGCAGGCAACGCUUUUCAUCGGUGACCUUCCACCUGGCAUCACCACUGUUGAUGAUGCGUUUGUCUACCUUCUAUUGCGCUGCUUUUGCUGAGCAUAUAUUAAUUGUCUUUGGCUUCUAGAUUGUGUAAGUCAAUUUUUUCAGAGCCUAGCAGCUUUCCCGCUCCCACUCCCUCCCUCUGAUGCCCAUUAUGGUGGUAAUGGGGGAGAUUAUCUUGAUUAGCUCCAGAUGGAGCCCUUCUUGUCCUUGAUGAAAAAUGAUAGCUUCUCAAACUACGGAGACCUUCCCGGCAUAGCUCACUGAUAUGUGAUACCAUUAGAAUUUUUCCAUAGUAAAGAUUUCCAUCCCACUGAAAUGUUUCAUGGUAGGGGGUUGCAAAUUGCUGAACAAGUACUUCAUAUAGCAUAUUUGAAUGGAGACAUAAAUGGCCCGAUCCCAAAUUACUAUAGCUUUGGAAGUGAAAUGACAGUCUUUGCUAUGUUAAUCAGUACACUUUCUGUCCCACCUUUCAAACCAGAAGAAUCCACCAGGUUGUUGUAAUUUGCUGUCAAGUCACUCUCAACUUUAUAAAUGAGAGACCUUCAACCUCAUUACGCAAGGUCUGGGCUCCAUCAUAGGACAUUUUCAACAUGGAGUUAGACAAAGACCAUCACAUGAAGUAAGGCUACUUCCAGUGGGACUUCGUCCUGGCUCAAUUUUGAAAGCGUCCUAUGACAGAACCCUAAAAACACAGAAGGCUUUCCAUGUUCUCACAAGGUAGAAUGGGGAAAGCUCAGAGGGAUGGGAAAGGAGCAAUGUGGGCAAUGCAGGACGUGGGACAAUGGGUUCCUUCUCUGCCCAUCAGAUUUGUUCAGAUGUCCAGUGAAUGUCUCCACUGUUCCUGGGCUUCAGGACCUCAAUGUGAUAAGGCCCCUUAAAGAAUCCCAAUUAUCUACUGUCAUGCUCGGGUCUUGCAGACCCAAUGCUGUGACUUUUUUGAUGAAUCUAUCUAUAUAUAUAAAAGGGUAAUGAAAUUUCGGCCUAGGACAAAACAACAAAACUACACAUCCCAGAAACACUAAACUUGGCAGCACAACCCCUCAUCCAUGCCUCUACAUUCAUACAACAAAAAGAAAAGAAAAAUAAAGUCCUAAUUAGAGGGAGAGGAAUAAUUGUUUUUAUCCAAUUGCUGCCAGUUAGAAGGCUAAGCUCUGCCCACUUGGUCUCCUAGCAACCUACUCAACCCACCCAGCCUCUCAAUAAUAAUAAUAAUAAUAAUAAUAAUAAUAAUAAUAAUAAUAAUAAUAAUAAUAAUACAAUCUUAAGGUUAGCAGAUACCCCUAAGGGUCAUCUAGUUCAACUUCCUUCUACCAUGCAGGAGGACACAAUCCAACGACUCCUGACAGAUGCCCAUUCAAUAUCUGCACAAUAAUAAUACACAUCAAAUCAUAGCAUCAGACAGUUAGGAGACACCCCUAAAGGCCAUACAGUCCAACCCAAUUCUGCCAUGCAGGACACAAUCCAAGCACUCCCAACAGAUGGCCACCCAGUCUCUCAAUACUAAUACUAAUAAUAAUAACAACAACAACAACAUCAUACAAUCCUAAGGUUUGGAGUGACCCCUAAGGAUCAUCCAGAUCAACUUCCUUCUACCAUGCAGGACGACGCAUUCCAAGCACUCCUGACAGAUGGCCAUCCAGCCUCAACAAGUUCUCACCAACACCACCAUACGACGCCACAGCAACGCAUGGCUGGGCACAGCUAGUUCACCUAUAAAGGAGCCUUCCACUAUCUGCCACUUCACCAAGUUCUGUCUUUUCCAAGUCAUCUCAUGAUAUGUCCAAAGUACAACAGCCUCCGUUUAGUUAUCCUGCUUUUAGUGAGAGUUCUUGUCUAAUUUGCUAUGACCCAUUAGUUGGUCUCCUUUAGUUUCCCGUGUUAUUCUCCUUGAGAUUGCCUCUUAGGGAAGAGACAAUUACCAAAGUAGCUUACAUAAGAUAACAAAAUGCAAGUAAUCUCAGUCUGUUUCCUAUCUCUUACUACAUAUGACAUUGCUCCGAGAGGGCAUUUCUAUUGCAAUAAGAAAAAAAGUUUCAUCUAGGUAUUAAUCAAUAUCCUUUCAUCUAGGUAUCAAUCAAUCAGUAACUUCUGACAGCUAGUAACUGAGGGGCCACUUGUUUGGUUCAUAGGACUUGCUCCUUUGGUUUGAAAAAAACAGUGCCUCAUUUUAGUGUUUGAAGGCAGAGUGAGAGGAAAAUGAAGAGAUGCUUGACCAAUCUCCAGUUAUUGAUACAACUUCAAAGCCACUUUUUACCCCUGUAAAAACUUGAACAUGCUAUGAAAGUAGUUUAAUGAGACUAAGAAGUACAAUUUCCCCAUUCUUAUUUAAGUUUAUCUUCCAACAAUGCUUCAAAAUAGUUAAAGUACUAGAGAUGCCAGUACAUCUGUUGCUACAAUCAGAUUUGUCCCAUUUGAAAUAAAAUAGAACAGACAAUGCUAUUGAUCCACUUUAUAGAUUGCAUAAUGGAUACUGAGCAAAUUAUGCACAUUUUCCGAAGGGUGUCAUAGUCAUAACAAUGGAAGUAUGCCUUCAGAGAAGGAUACAAAAUACAUGUACGAGACACUGACACCAGUCUAGCUAACUUUAUUCAGAGUUAAAUUCUGUUGAUAUCACUGGGACAAUUUAGACACAAGUACAACUAGAUUAAGCUGAAUUGGUUUCAAUGAUACUUCAUGACAACUAAGUUGGAUUCUCCCAGCACUGGAUCUGUUUAUUGAGUAGUAAUUUGUUCUUGUACCUCUCAGGACUCCUUUUGUUUUUUGCCUUCCAAUCAUAUGCUCUGGUUUGCCCUUUCGUUGUUCAUGAAUAGCCAUAUGUACAUUAUAAGCAUUUCAUGAUACCCUCAGAACAAGCAAAGUGUGGUGGUUUGAGUGUUGCACUAUGAUUUUCUAAACAAGGGUUCAAAUCCCCACUCAGCUAUGGAAAUCCACUGGGUGACCUUGAGCAAGUAAUAUUCUUAGACUCGGAGGAGGGUAAAGGGAAAUCCUUGAUGAACAAAUCUUGCCAAGAAAACACUACAGUAGGUUUGCCUUAGGGUCGCCAUGAAUUGAAACAACUUGAAGAUACACCACAACAAAAUCAAAUUGAAACAUUUGUGCCCAAUACAUUCGUCUGCAGUGCUGGUAUAAUGCCACCACAACAUCACCAUAAUAAACAAAUUUUAAAAUGCUCUGUAUACCUACUGAGAGUCUCUAAAGCAGUGGAUCUCAACCUGUGGGUCCCCAGGUGUUUUGACCUACAACUCCCAGAAAUCCCAGCCAGUUUACCAGCUGUUAGGAUUUCUGGGAGUUGACGGCCAAAACAUCUAGGGACCCAUAGGUUGAGAACCAGCUCUCUAAAGUUAGUUCUCUGCCUUAGAAGGGAAAUUAGGUAGGUAUUGGCUUUCUGCUGGACUCCCAUAUUACUGAUCUCUGUACAGGUCUGUAAUGCGUGUAGCUGCUCCAGGCAUCAGUUCAUCUAAGUCUAACUUUGGUUUCCAUAGAUCCUUGCCUUACAGUCGCAUGUGACCCAGGGUGUUGUCUUCUGUAAUAAAAUAAUAACCCUUGAAAUGUUUUUUUCGUAUCACUGGCUAGCCUUUAUUUAACAUAUAAAACAUUUCUCCUCG